AAAAAUGUUCAAUAAACAAUCUGGAUUCUAAUUAUGCCUUUUUGGGGAUUUAAGGCUCCUAGUACAGAUAUAGUCACUAGUCAGGCUACUAAAAAUAUAUAAUUAUAAUAAUAAACCAUGCAAUAUCUAUAAGCAAACAACAGUGUACAUCAGAACCAUUAUAAUCAGCAACUAGGGGUAUCGUUAUUCGUUUUAUCGGUAUUACUAUUAUGAGCUAUAAAAAACCCGACAACCUAUCACAGCCUAUUGAAGAUUAUUUAUUGAAAUUGUAGCUAGUGACGAACAUUGAUAGCACGUUGAUAAUAAUAAUUACGUGUGGAAAAUCGUAAAAUAUUAUUACAAUUUGAGUGAAAUUUACUACGGGACAGUAAAUAUUAAAUUAUCAAAUAUACUAUGUAUGAUUUAAAUCUCCACUGUAUUUGGAAUCCAAGAUCUUAAAUGUCCGACCAGGUCGUUUUGCUUACAUCUUCCACUGAACGAUGGGGAGUUCGGCAUACCCAAAUUAUUCUCAUGUUCUUAUGCAUGAUGAUCGCAUACGCGUUAAGAAUGAACCUGGCGGUGGCCAUUGUGGCCAUGACUGACAAAUCGGGCACCAACAAAGACUUUACUACUUUUGAUUGGGAUAAGCGAACACAAGCUAUGGUACUGACUUCGUUCUUCUGGGGCUAUUUGAUUACCCAAGUGUUCGCUGGACAAAUGUCGGAAAAAUAUGGACCUAAAUUGUUUUUGGCCGGAGCCAUUGGUGUAAAUGGUAUUUUAGCAUUAGGAACUCCUGCAGCGGCUAUACAUGGCGGUGUAGUAGCCAUGUGUGCGAAUCGAAUGAUCCAAGGAAUGGCACAGGGGUUUAUAUAUCCUUCAAUCAACGUUUUAUUAUCAAAAUGGGCGCCGUUGACAGAGAAAAGUCGUAUAUUUUCGUUUGUAUUUAGUGGGAUCAUAUUCGGACCGUUGAUUAUGUUGCCAGUGGCCGGUUUGCUGGCUGGAAGUCCUGGAGGUUGGCCGUCUAUAUUUUACUUUACUGGUAUCGUGUCAAUGUUGUGGGUACUUGUUUGGUAUUUUUACGGUGUCAAUAGCCCAUCAGAACACAAGACCAUCAGUGCAGAAGAAAAACGGUACAUCACCAGUUCGUUGAGCAACUCCAUGUCCAAAAAGAAACUACCUACUCCGUGGGGCAAAAUAGUGACUUCAGUGCCCAUGUGGGCAAUCCUUGUCGCGCAUUUCAGUCAGAAUUGGGGCUUUUGGACUUUACUGAACAACACACCUACUUACAUCAACGAAAUUCUCAAGUUUAAUAUAAAAUCGAACGGAAUUCUGUCUGCACUGCCAUACUUAACCAUGUGGCUGAUGACUAUAGCUAUCUCUUGGAUUAGCGACUACAUCAACAAACGUCAGUACAUGACGAUCACAGCGCAGAGGAAAAUGUGGAACACCGUUGCACACUGGGGUGGAGCAUUGGCUUUAUUUUCGCUGUACAUGUUCGAUACGUCCACCGUGGAAGUUUUGUUUCUGUUGACAGCUGCGUUGACUCUGAACAGUGGAGUUUACUCGGGAUUCUUAGCUAAUCAUUUAGAUUUGGCACCAAAUUUUGCCGGGACAUUAAUGGGCAUUACCAACAGUUUGGCAAACGUCACGUCCAUUAUGGGACCACUACUUGUCGGAUUUAUGGUCGAUAAAGAUAAUCCCACGAAAGAACAAUGGGGACUUGUAUUUUUACUAUCAGGCGGUGUUUUCUUCGUCGGAAAUUUGUUCUACAUUAUAUUCGGUUCGGCUGAAACCCAACAAUGGAAUAAUUCGAUAACCGACCAACCGAAGGAACUCACUAAAGAGGAUAGCCCUAAAUCAUGAUGGAAUAUUACUAAGUAAUUUAAUGAGUCUUUUUAAAUUAGUCAUUUAGAUUUUGUAAUUAAUAAUACAAUUGUUUAAUUGUAUGGUCUUACAA